UUUAUAUUUAUUGCUUUUUGUUUCUUAGGAUUCUUCCUUUCCCCUCUUCCCCAUAAGCACGAUCAAGCAUUUGUUCCAUCGAUUGGGUUCUCUCUCUGUGUGUGAAUCUUUCGUCGUUCAAUGUUAACCUCUCCAUUGUAUACCAUGAAAGAUAGUGAUGAUCAGAAGAAGAAGAAGACUGAGGACAACAUCGAACACCAUGCGAAGCUUGAAGAACAAGAACAAGAACAAGUAGAAAUCCAUCAGAGCAAGAAAGAGAAGCAAAACGACGACAACGACGAUGAUGAUGAUGAUUAUGAUUCAAAAGUAGGUGAAGAUGAAGACGACUGGGAGAAAAUUGAUUAUGAGAGCCAGAAAUCCGAAGAAGACUGGGAGAGAAUCUCCCAUCAGAGCCACAAAGUCGAUGACGAUCAGAGCGAGAAGGAAAACGACGACGAUGUAAAAGUCGAUGAAGAAGAAGAGAGAGAGAAAAUUGAUGAUGAGGGCGAGAAAAUUGACGGUGAUGAUUGGAUGGAAAACGAAGAUGAUGAUGAUGAUGAUGAUUCAGAAGAAGAAGAAGCGACAAAAGGAGAGAGAAACAUGAGAAUCCAAUGUUAUGGUGGUAAAAAUCGGUAUUAUUGGGAAACGGAAUGGAAUCACUGGAUUUAUAUAAGGGAAGGGAUCCAGAGAUUGGAUUUUCCGAGCUUUUGCAGUUACGGACCCAUCUCCAUCGAUGACCCUUUCAAAUGGCAAGCUGUGAUCAUCGGCCCUACCGAUUCUCCUUACGAAGAUGGUGUCUUCUUCCUCACCAUCGAUCUGCCUCAUGAUUACCCAAACAGUCCCCCUUCCAUUGUUUUCAAUACCAAGGUAUUUCAUCCAAACAUUGAUGAAGAUGGGAAAAUAUAUGUGAGCAUUUUGGAGGAAGAAGAAUGGACACCAAUCCAUACCAUUGAGUCACUGUUGGUUUCAAUUUGGUCACUCCUUGCUGUUCCUGACCCUGUUGACCCUACAUUUGAAAGCUGUUAUCUUUUCAGAUAUGACAGGGAAAGUUACAUUCACAAAGCUAGAGAGUGGACCAGAAUCUAUGCCAUGCAAUCAACAACACCAUCAUAUAAUAUAUGAUGGAACUUGUUUGGAUGCUGAGGAAAUCAUAGAUAUAGCAGAUGAUGUUUUGAUCACGAUAGAGUGGGCUUUCCAAAAAAAUGUGAUGGUGGAAUUUAUUCACAUUUUGGGUUUUUUCUUAGAUUUGCUAAUGCAAUAAAAUGCCGUCUUGAAUUGAA